CGGCACAGUUCCAAGAUGUAGUGGGCCUUCGCCAGCAACUAACACGUGGCUCUAGUAACCAGACGGAGCGUCAAUGGUGUCGUCGUUGGCUCUUAGAGCCUGGCUCUUUGCAAGUUGUGGAGGUGGCAUCAGGAGCAAGUUUCUCGAGUUCUCUGCUGAGUUUGGCGCAGCUGGUCCGCGAGUUAGGCUGCGUUGACGUUAAAGUAGCCCAAGGCGCAAUGGCAUUGCAAGCGGCUGUUGCACUUCUGACGACUGCACCUAUGGAAUUGCUGCUAGAUGGGAGACUUCGCGUGUUUCGAGCGCUGCCUAGUGGGACCUCAUCGAGAUUACCAAUCGGAGGAUGGUCAGUUGGUGAUUACUGCGCCACGCUCUCUCAUAACGGCCUAUCCAUCGACGUGCAUUUCUUCGCUUUCGACGAACGUGGUGGCAACAGUGGAGUAAGUUCGAAGAUGAACGUUCGCCGAGUCAGUCUCUCUUUAGCGCUGGAUGAUACGGAGACGAGGGACCAGUUCAUUAUUGUUCAAGGAAAUGUGUGCAGACCGAAGGACGAUGGGC